UUAUCUCUUCCGAUGGGUUUUAUUAGCAACGUACAUGUCUGGAGAAUUUGAGGCGGCAAGCCAACUAAUUAGCAACCGCUUGUUAAUUUUGGUAACGACUGCAGCAGAGAGCUGAGUGACCGUGAACCAACAUCAGCAUCCACAGUGUGGCCUGCGAGCAGCCCACAAGCUGUGUUAACAUUAGCCAGCUAUUCUUCCUCCAAACAGCCUUUGGUGAACGGCCAGUCAGCCAGCCAGCUCUCUGUUGCAAUGGAUGCCUGUGCCCGUAUUAGAGGAGCCCCACUAAGGUCCAGGGCCUCAGUCCGGAAAGAGACUGUGCGUGACAGCGGGGCGCAGUGUGUGAAGAACCUCUUUAGGAACAAAAAGGAGCUAUGCAGCAUUGGCCUAGAGCUCCCAGCCAGAGACACCACGAGACUGACAGAGAUUCAUUUUGUGUGUCUGCCUGGUCAGUGUGAAGGGGAAGAUGUCGCUCAACAGGCUUUGUCAUCCCUUCCAGCUGGGCUGUGUGAGCUACUCAGGUCCCUCCACGUUCACGGCCUCAAGAAUGACGAAGUUCUGCUGCUCAGAGACACCCGCAGGCUGGCAGAUCACAAGGACGCCGGGCCUCAGUGUUGGUUAAAGGCUGUGUGUGUGCUGAGGCACAACCCCAGCACUAGCGUCUACCCUCAGGCCACUGUAGCAUCAUUAGUGGGCUUGCUUGGGUGCUACGUGGCAGGAGUCCGCUAUGCUUUGGAGCUACAGGCUCUUCAGAGGGGAACAGCUGAGUCCAGCCAGCCAGAGGAAGAUGACACCAACCAGUCUGUCUCAUCAAUCGAGGAUGACUUUGUCACAGCCCUGGAGCAUCUUGAGGAGGACGACACAGGAGACAAUUCCUCUUCCUAUCGCCAUUUUAAAAAACGUGAUGUGGCAUCACAGACAGUCCCAGCCCACAAGAGACGGAAGGAAUUAUCAGGCUCCCGCAUUAUCAUAAGCUCGUCUUCGAAGAAGUAUUCGGCCAAGCAUAGGUCAGGUCCAGAUGUAUCUGUGACAGUGCAGAGAUCAUCAGGCAUGGAAACCCAGUGGACCUACUGCAGUCCCGGCGCCCGUCUCCCCUCACCUUCGAUUCAUGUCAGUGAAUCUGAGGAGUCCGACUGCUCCAGCCCCAGCCCAAUCAUUUUCCUGGAUGAGGUGGGCUACCAGAAGAGCCUGCUGGCUAAGCUGGACAUCCCCCAGGUGCCUGGGGGCCCCAGAGAGCGAGUUGAAGAUUCAGACUCUGAAGUCAGUGAAUUCUUUGACAGUUUUGACCAGUUUGAUGACCUGGAGGAGCUGAGCUCAGAGAGCUGCACUCUCACACUGCCUCUGGACGCCAUCAGUGCCCCAAUCACACAGAAGAAGUCCGCUGAGUCUAGCACCAGUGGGUCAGCAUCCAAAUAUGUUUCUAGAGGCUGCUCGACAAAGGGUAUGAAUCCUCACCGCUUUGACCAGCCCACUCUCCCAGCCAAUGUGAAAAAACCCACUCCUCUAAAACCAGGUUCUCCCUACUCACUCCACUCAGAGGUGCCUGACUCCCCUCGGCCAGUGCAGACCCCCUCUGAGGACAAUGGUGGCCCACUCUUCAGUCCCAUCAGCUCCUCGGCCUUCAGCCCCCUGGUGGACUCUAGUGGAACACUGGAAUACUUCUGGAAGAAAGAUGAGGAUGGACAGGACAGCUCAGAGCUACGUAAACCUCAAGAUCUCUGUUCUUUAUAUAAGACUUAUUCAGACUUUGCCAGCAGCCUGUCGAAAGAAAUUCUGGGGUCUGUGUGUGGCUACCAGUCUGCCGUUGACAUUAGUGACAACAAGAAUCUUAGCUGUGUCUGCCACAAAGAAUUCAAGAACCCGUCGGGCUACCUGAUGAAGCUCUCAGAAAUCCAAGAGACUGUAACAGUGGCCAAGCUGCAGAAGAAGUCCCAGUCUCUGAAAGAUGGCAUUCAGAGGUUUGCCACCGACCUUGUGGAAAUGAGUCUGGGCAGCGCUUUGCGAGACCUCCAAAAAGGUGUAUCCUCCUGUACCACUACCCUCUGUCACCUAGCUGCCAGGCUCACCUCUUCAGUGUUUCAGAUGGCCUUCCAUGAGAUUGGCAUGCGCCAUGCCUAUGUGUUGAAGGAACGAGCAAUCAAUGGGUUAGCGGGCUUCCUAGUCGGGGAGGCUGUGUCUGGGGCGCUGAAAGAGUUCCUGACAGUGAAGAAACAGAUUUUCCACAACACAGUGACACGUUUUGCGGCUGAUCUGGCUGAAGAGCUGGUGUUUGAAGGCAUAAUGGAAGUGUGUCAGUUCUCCCACCCCUCAACCCCUCGCACCCCUAGUGAUUGGUCCUUUGGCCAUGAGGAAGAGGAAGAAGAGGAGGUUGUUUCCUCCUAUGCUUCAGACUUGUCUGAGUCCGUUAUCCAGGAGGCCUUCAUAGAGCUCUCUCAGGCUGAUGUUGCCUUCACUAGCCAAGCGGCUAUCAGUGUGUCUCUGGACAACAUCUGUUAUGUCAGUGCAGAGAACACCAGCACUCACACCUGCAGUACCUUUGCUAACCAGCAGAUUUUCAGUGCCAGCUCAGCUGCAGUGGUCCCAGGGCCCUCAGGAGAGGAUGCUACCUGCACGGUGAAGAAAGCUCUGUUUACUGUAUCAGGCAUGGCCAGCUGUAUUCCUGUGCCCCAAGCAGGACAAGCCCUCUCCCACGUCCAGGAUCCUGAGGAGACCUGCCAGAAUAAGUCUAGCUUGCCAGAUACCUCACAGGUCAGCUCCAAAAGAGCAGCAGUAUCUUCCUCCGAUAACACCACAUCUACACAACCUCACCUUUACAGCCAUGGAACUCAGACCCCCAUAGGAGAAGACUCCUCCCAAGGAAAGUCAUCAUUCCAAAACUUCUCUGGCAACAUGGUGGAUAUGAUCGUAACUGAGGCUUGUGAGCUAAUAACCGCUUCUAAGAUGAAGAAGAGUUUUGGUGAAUGUGCUGGUUUCCUUACGAAGACGAUCGGAAGUCAAAGGGGCUCUUCUUCUAAGCAGGAUACGGUUGAUUAUGAGGCUCCAGAUUCCCCUUCAAAGCAGGGAGCUGAUAGAGAGAGUUUCAGAUAUGACUGUAGAGAUUCUGGGUAUGAUAGGAAGGGCGUCUUUGUUGAGCAAGUAACAGAUCUCAGCAUCCCUCACAUUUCCUUUCAGACAGGCUCUCAAAGCCAAGGGAGAACCAGCUGUGAGUUGGAGCCCCGGACCCGAGGUGUGGCUGAAACACAUCCUGUGAUAAUGGAUACUCUUGAUGUGCCAAGUACAGAGAUGGGUGGACAAAGGAGGAUAUCUGUUCCUGGGGAUGACUCGGCUCCAAGCUCCGGGCAAAAAUCCGGUGGGACUCCUGGCACCCCUCCUUCCACCCCUCAGCAGCCCAGUGAGGUGUCUAAAGAGAAACAGAUAAAGCAGUUCUCAAAGAAGCUGAAAAGCAAGCUGGCCAAGGAGUUUUCCCCUGCUACCCCGCCUCCAACCCCUCACGAUCAGCCCGAGCCAGGCCCAGGGCCAAAAGACAUCAGCCCUGAGGCAGACAAGGCUGAGUUCAUGCUCAAACUGAUGAGGUCUCUUUCUGAGGAGGCAGAUGGCAAUGAGGAUGAAGAGGAGGAAGAAUUGGCAGAAGAGGGUGGUGUUGGUGGCACUAACAGAUGUUUAGAGACAGGAGGUGGCCGGCAUGAAUUGAACCAGAUGUCCGCUCGCAGAAUGUCUAACAAGGAAGCUCUCCAUUAUGCUGAGCGGUUGGCUUGUCACAUUGUCUCCAUGGCAACAGAGAUGGACACCCUGGGAGUAGCAGAGGAGGAGGGAGAGAUGAGCAAGGGCAGCGAGAGGAGGAGAGACAGCGUGGCUCAGUUCUCAGAGCAAACCCUGAACACCUUAUGGGUGUAUGCGGGGGAGGUGGCAGGAGAGGUCAUCAAUGACGUGAAGAGAAUGGUGAGCUCUGCACAGCAGUGUCCAUAUCACAGGGCUCUCAGAAGAAGAAGCUUGGACAGGUCUAUCUCUGAAUGUUUGCAUUACCACCACCAGCACCAGUCUCAAACCAGUACAGACCAGAACAGAGACUGGAGAGUAGGGAGACUGGCUGAGCAGUGGUCUAACGACCUGAUUGCCUCUGUCUUGCGGUCUCCCACCUCCACUUCAAGCACCAUCUCCAGCUCCAGCUCUGGUCUGUCCUCGGAGUAUCCCAGCUGUGAGAGUGUGACAGAUGAAUAUGCUGGCUACCUCAUCAGGGUGCUAAAAAAGGAGGGAGGCAGUAGGGAGUUGGUCCUAGAUCAGUAUGCCAGCCGUCUGGCCUACCGCUCCAUAAAACAAGGCUUGGCUCAUGCCAGUCGCAAGAUCAAACAGAAAUCCUCGAGCACCCGCCUUCACUCCUCAAAGUCCCUGCCAGAUGAAUGGAAGGCUUCCAGUAGUGAGGCCUCAUCACCCAAGGACAGAGCAGAAUCAGUGGCUUGUCCCCCAAGUGAUGAUGCUCAGUGUUGUUGCAAGGACUCUGAAGAGCAGGGCCAGAGGGAGUAUAUGGAUCUGGUCAACUUUGCAGAGUCCUUAGCAUACAACAUCACCUGUGAUGUCACACGCAAGCUUCAUCUUUCCUCUGUGCGACUGCCGAAGUCUCUCACUGACCCAUGUCUUUACAAGAAAUCCAAACUUGAAAACAUGGCAGAGAAUCUCAUCAGGAACUCCUUCUCCUGCCCUCUGUUGUCCAAGGAGGGUAAGAGCAGGCAUUACCACAGCACUGGAAGCCUGUAUGAUGGAGGCUACAGCAGUAGGGUGAUGCAGGUCAUCGAGCAUUAUGCCAGGAAAAUAGUUGAUGACACUCUGAAGAUGAGCCUGGCUUCAGUUGGACAUUCAACCCGGGACCACCAGAGGGCCCAAGGCCAGGACAGACACUCUCACACCCAGAGGUUGUCUGAGGGAACAGCACUGAGUCAAGCCCUAGGGGAGAGGACGUGCCGUUACUGUCAGGUCCAGGAGUGCCCCUACUGCACCAAACUUAGCAGGCACCACCACCAGCCUGUAUUACAGAGGAGGAAAAGGGGGCAGGAAUGUCAGACAAGGGCUGAGCGGCUCUCUGGCCUAGAGAUCCCCAAGAUCCAUAUUGACCUGGACCACAGGGCAGCGUUCGCGGAGGAGAUGGUCUCAAUGGCAAUGGAGACAGCUAAACGUGAGCUAAGCAACACCAGCCUUAAUGCCGACAGUGGCAUCGGCCAUGAUGGAACCAGCUACGCAGAGAGCCUAACUGCUGAGAUCAUGACCUCAGCCCUGUCCAACAUCUGCCAGGCUGCCAACAUCAGCUCUCCAGGCAGGGAAGCCACUGAGUCCACCGUGUCCCAGCAGUUGAGUGUGGGAGAUGACAGUCUGGGCAGCUGGUCUAACCUGAGCUUUGAGGAUGAGCAUCUAGAUGACAACAGCAGCUUCCUCCACCUCAGUGACAGCAGCAAUGGGAACAGCAGUAGCUGGAGCAGUCUGGGUCUGGAGGGGGAGGCGUGUGAGGAGCGCAUGUCAUUCUCCCCCUCUGACAGUGACAAUACAGAGGACAAGGAGACUGAGGUCAAAGAGGAAUCCAGUGGGACUCUCUGUGUAGACAGGACUCAGGUACAGGCCUCCAGGACUGCACUGGUCAUAGUGAACUCAGAUGUCAGGGACCUCUGGCAUGGCCCCCAAUAUGUGACCCUCGACCCUCAGCUCAGGAGCAUGCUGCAGUGGGUGGCAGCCUCCAUGGCCGACAUCCCUCAGAUCCAACUGAGUCCUGACAGAGAGCUCCAGCAGCUCCCAGCAGUGGUCCAAAGGCUUCGGGAGAGGAAGUGGAGGGUGGGAGAGCUGCUGCACAUCCUGCUGCGUUACUGUGAAGAGAGUCAGUCACAUAGUCACUCUCAGCCCAGAGAGGAGGCACUCCAGGCGGAUAGAGAAUGUCACCGCAUCCCCCUCUUCCAGUGGCUCCUGGAGCACGCCUAGGCCCUCUCCUCUCCUCUCCUGUCCUCUCCUGUCCUCUCCUCUCCUCUUUUCUCCUCUCCUCUUUUCUCCUCUCCUCUCCUCUGUUCUCCUCUCCUCUCCUCUCCUCUCCUCCCCUCUCCUCCCCUCCAAACAGGGCUUGCAAACUCCACGUCCCAUAGAGGGCGCCAUACAAAUCAGCUGAUCUUACUUACACUCAUGAAUGUGGGCGGUGUGUGUUUUGCAUUGCAUGCUGCAAUCAAGAGUACUUCUGUUGUAUUUUGUUUUUCUUUCCACCUUCUGUUUUAUUGUUGCAGUUUUAUGAUUUAUCGGGCUGCAUAUAUCACAUGUUGAUUUAGUGAGCUGUCUCCUUCGUCCACCUUCACUUCUGAACACCUUGAUACCAUUGUGCUUGAGCUACAGAAAGAAAAGGACCAGAGAGAGAAAGAGAGAGAGAGAGAGAGAGAGUGACCCACCCCAUGUGUUGCAGGCAGAGACAGAAAAGCAGCGAGUUGAGAGAAAGAGAAUGUGUUUUUUGUUAGGGAAUCCCCAUAGCUGCUGGGCGGAUGAUGUCAUCAAACCCACAGCUCACCUCUGUGGUGGUGUUUCCACAUAUUAAGAAAGCAACUGUGCGCACGCAUACACAACACACCACACCUUGCAUUAUCAGUGCUAGAAGGAAUCUAUGAUGCACUGACACAAACCAGUUAGUCCCCAUAGUGUUCUAUUAUUGUAUUAAAUCACUCCGAAUUACUGUACUAGCUAUUCAGUUUGCUCCAGUGAAGUGUUUCUCUGGAGCACUAAAUGAGUUAAAUGCUGUUGUAAUGACUUAUUAUAUUUGACAGAUAUGCUGCCAUACAGAGACUGACAAAACACUAUUAAAGUUGUAAAACCCAUAUCUAUAUAUUUUAGUAAAUCAUACUACACUGUAAUUUAGUGUUGAUGAUCAAACAGGCCAUUUGUUUGGCAAUAGAGUGAUGAAUAGUGCUCGAUGAAGUUGCCUCUUGCCAGUAUUGGUAUUCCUGUUUUAUCUAAUACUGUAACAAUGCUUGCCUAGCAACAAUCUCCAUGGUUAUCAAACUUAGUAAAAUACCUAGAGUGGAUGAUGUUUACUAGGGUGGUCGAUAUUGAGAAAAAGUAUAUUUUUUGAAGAUAGAGUAUGUCUAAUCAGACAUGAAAUGCUGCUCAAAGCUAUGAAAGAAGCCAUGAUCUUGGCUUCAUGUUGCCAAACAUUGCUCAUACGAUGACUCUCCUCCCCUGCAGUCAGUAGUAUGUGUUCUGUCUGUGUCAGUGGCCUUUGUCCAGCUCGUGGAAGAUCCAGUGACGCAGAUCGUGGAUCUGUUAGUAAUAGUAAUUGGAGGUCUGCAUCUCCAAAACCACAAGCUUAACAGCAACUGCAUAGCUCAACCCUGGAAUCACACAUUCUGUCACCCACGCUCCACAGUCACCUUGUGGAGUGAAGGAGUCUGAAUACCACAACUUCCACAAAAUUCGCCCCCCUCCUCUCACACACGCCCUCGUUACUCACCAGCCCCAUGUGUACGUCUACACGCACAGCACUACCAGCUACUUGCUGAGAUGCACUUUUUUUUUUUUUUUUUUUUUGAUUUGGCACAGGAGAAUUUGGGCAUUUCCAGCCCUGCCCUCAGACCUCUCCUGGUCGCCUUUGUGAAUUUAUGCCCAUCAUGGACGGCCUGCUCUGCUGCCAGUCGAGUUCAACUGCAGCGAGUUAACGUACAUGCACAACACCCAAAACCCCCCAUGCCCCUCCCCCAAAGAAAGAUUAUUGGGAUACAUUUUGAUGUUUGUAUUUAUUUAUUAUUCUUGUUUUAAUGAGGGACCUAAAGGAUGAGAUGAUGCUGCGCGGUCCUCAAAUUUCCUAUCAGGACUUUCCUUCUUGAGUUUGAAACACUGUAACCACAGCCUUGCAUCUGUAGCUAUAAAGUAAGUUGCGGUGGUGUUCACCUGCAUGGCUGAAUCUUCAUUGACUUUUUUAAGCUCAACAUUCUUCUUCUUAAUGUACCGGCCUACACUAAUUGAGCUGCAGUGAUUCGUCUGUGUCCACACUGCCUAACAGUAUGCUAUAGGCCUCUGCAGAUGCCUUGUCUGUUCCUGCUUAAAUCUCUAGGCUGCCAAAUGGUCAUAUAAUCUUAAAGGUGUUUGUCCUGUUUGAUUUGUUUACAUGCAAAAAUGAAUAUAUCACAAAAUCCACUCUUAAAAAAAAAAAAGAAGUGAUACCCAUGUUAUGCCUACUAUUGAGAAUAAUAGUAGAAAAGAAGAAAGUGAAGUAUUAACCUGAGAAGUGAGGGAGAGUUUAUAUCCUGGUUUACAUUAAAGGAAUGUAUUAAGAGUCACAGGCUUGACACAUGAAGAGAGCGCAUCGCAGUGUACAAAUUCUCUCCCAGUGUGAAUGUUUUAGUCGUUGAAGUAGGACUUUCCCCCUCCCCCCCAGUGCCCAUACCUCUCAUUUACUUUCUUUAUCUACUUUACAUUCCUGUGCAUCCCAGAUGACCUAUAUUGUUGUGUUUGUGAAAGCUGGAUGUGUACCUGCAAAGACUCGACUCCAUUUAGAAGCAGAUUUGUUUUGCUACUGUUGUUCCCAGUGUUACUUUCUGACUCUCUCUGACCACAGCCAGGAGAAGAAAAAAAAAGAAAAGAAAAAAAAAAAGAAGAUGUACCUCACAUCCACUCACUUCUGUAUUUUUUCCUGCUUCCUUGUAAAAUCCUGCCAAAUAAAGAUAUUUAAUAAAUAAUGUACAUGUAAGUUAUAUAAUAGUGAGUUCACUACUUGUUCUCCCUAGUGGCAUUGCUGAAUAGUUUACACAGUCUAAGCUUGAGGUCAAAACUCUAAAUUUGUUUAUGUUGAAGCUUGGUGUGACAAUAAAGCUUUUUCAUGUGCUCUUA